AUGCAGUUGGCAGCUGCUAGAGGGGAAGCUGUGGAUGUGGUCCGGAUGCCAAUUGCCUGCCAGACACAGCUGCUGCUGCUGACACUCCUGCCCCUGUUGCUGGUCGCUGGUCGCUGGUCGCUGGUCGCUGGUCGCUGGUCGCUGGUCGCUGGUCGCUGGUCGCUGGUCGCUGGUCGCUGGUCGCUGGUCGCUGGUCGCUGUAUUAGAGAGAGCGGCAACGUGGAUGCUGCCAGCGAAAGUGAAGAGCCGGUUUCUGGGGAAGCGUUGUCCAUCGCCCAUGCUCUUUCUUACCCUCCCAAGUCAUAUGGCAAUGACCCUGAUACUGAAAUGGCUUGGGCCAUUCGAGCAAUGCAGCAUGCUGAAGUCUAUUAUAAACUGACUGCAUCAGUUGACUCACAGUUUCUGAAACUCACCAAAGUAGAUGACCAAAUCUACUCUGAGUUCCGUGAAAUUUUUGAGACACUCAGGGUAGAUGUAUUGGACCUAGAAGAACUCAAAUCUGAAUCAGCUAUAGAGAAAACACUAUCUUUGCACCCAGGAUUCAAUUUUUUGCCAUUGAAAUUGCUCGGAACCAGGAAGGCUAUAACAAAGCAGUUUUGGUCAGUGUUCAGGACAAAGAAGGAAAGGAAGGAGCUGACAAUAAAGAAGAGGAAGCUGAGAAAGGAGCUGAUAGUGGAGGAGAAAAAGAGGAAGGAGUCAACA